GAUAAUACUGUGUGGGUGCAAUACGCCUUGAUUGUGUGUCAAGACUAUCUCUUACUAGGUGAGGGCGCACGUUGAGUUCUGACUGAAGGAGGCAACCACGAGACUUCUAGAUUGUCCUUGCCUCACACUAGCACAAACUUCGAUGCUUGCUCUCUUACUUGCCAAACCUCAUUAUCUUCAAUAAGAACGCUGCGCUUCUAGCUUCCGGACAGCACGCUUGCAUUCCACGCCCCAUGUCGACAAGUACGUCGUCGCUCACCUCGAAAUCACCAGGGAUACAGUUGCCUACCAGUAAGAGGACUAGUUAAAAUACAAAAGACCUCAUCUACCACUGAAAACUACAUAAACAGCCCACACACAUCAACAGCCCUCAACUUCACAAUGUCAAACACCAAUCCCAAUCCCAACAACGGCAACGGCAACGGAAAUGGAAACGGAAACGGCACCUCUACCAACCAGGCCAACUUUUUCCAUUCCUCCACCGAGCUCGCAGACCUGGGCCGGGAGCGCUUCGACCACGACACCGCAGCCAUCGGCGACCGCGACUUCGCCCUCAACUCUCACCAGCCCGUUACCGUGAGGCCCGGCCGCGCACCCAAGGGCCUCGAGAAAGAGGUCCAGGGCUGGACCAUGUUCCAGUAUACGACCGAAGAUCGCGAUGAUAGGGAGGAGUUGAAGGGGGAUCUACAUGAGGGGCAGUUACAUCGGCAGAACAGGGCGGCUAG